AUGAGCACUCACGAGACGUCUCCGCGCGCGCAGCUACGUCACUGCCGCUCGAUGGACAUGGGCGUGGCCCGCAAGAUCGACACGUCGAACCAAAUGGAGGAAGUUAAGUCGCUCAUUCGCGCGAGUAAUGUCUUCCACGACGACGCCGUGACGAGCGAAGUCGAGUGGUUCUACGGCCCCUUAGGCCUCCACGACUUUUACUUCCUCGGGCAGUCGCCGCUCGUGAUUGCGCAGCACAUUCAGAGCCUCAUUGCUGCCAAGCUCAUGUCCAAGGCGUCGAACCGCCCGGACGUCAAGCUCGAGCAAGAGACCGCCCAUGGCGCGUUCUUUGCCGUCCUGAGCAACGUCGUGGGCAGUGCCAGUGAGCCCAGUCGUCGUGCGGCGCGCUACGACGCAGGUAUUACAGAGACAGAAGUCCUCGAGCGCCGCCUGGAGAAGCACUACCUCAGUGGCUCGAGCGGCGUCAUUGGCGACGGCGUGCGCGCGGGAUACCAGCACCUCGAGAAGGCGGAAGCGACCAAGCGACGCACGUACCGCAUGCAGUGCUACCGCUCGAGCGGUGUGCUCGACCCGCUCUCGGUGCCGUACCACGUGCGCAUGUACUUUUUGCAAGAGCCGCAGUUUGCUGACCCUAACGUGAGCGAGCACGAGACGGACAUCCACAAAGUCGCAGACAAAGUCUUCCUCGAGCGCUCAGGGGACCGUCUCAAGCAAGUGUACCAAGAGUGCAUCGUGAAAGCCAUGGCCCACAUGACGCCUGCGUUCCACGCCGAAGUCUGGACCGAAGCCGAUGGCUCGAAGAUGGCGCGGCUCGCCAUUGCCUACCGCACUGGCGCCACGCACUCGUACUUUUCCAGUAUCGCGGACGUCUACCGCCAGCACGGCCUCUUUUCGCAGCGCAAGUACGCCGAGUUCUUUGCCAAUGGCAUUGUCAUCUACACGUUCUACCUCCAGAUGCUGGACAACCCGAGUGCUGGCAAAGGCUCCUUCGAAGACCGACUUGCUGCCGUGGUCAACGACGCGUCGAUGCACUUUACGCUUCCGCGCACGUCGCUCACGCCCAUGCUCACGGACGGUCUGCUCACGCCACAGCAGAUCGCCUAUGCCUACGCGGCCUGGAAGUUCACGUUUCACUUCAUGCGCCGCUUGCCCGAGUCGUUUGCCAUCGUGAGCAAGUCAUUGCGCGACCGCGACCCGAGCGCGUUCGCUCGUCUCGAUCAGCUGCGCUCGACGAUGAAGCUCAACACGUACACUGAGUCGCAGAUCCUCGACCAUCUCCUCAGCUCGGCCGACAUUGUCAAGCUGUUGUACGCUGAGUUCGAGGCUCUGCAUGGACCAACGAAGGACACCGAGUCGCCUCAAGUGGACACGGGCGCCACGUUGUCGGUGCUGCGCAAGUCGAUCGUAGCUGAGCAGGCGCUGCAGAUCUUUUCGCUGUUCCACGUCUUCAACAAACACAUCCGGAAGACAAACUUCUUUGCGAAUGACAAGGCAGCUCUCAGCUUCCGCCUCGAUGGCAAGUUCCUCAGCAAGACCGAGUACCCCGACGAGCCGCACGCCAUUAUCUACGUGAUCGGCUCGGAGUUUCGUGGCUUCCACGUGCGGUUCCUCGACGUGGCUCGAGGCGGCAUCCGCAUGAUCCGGUCGUCGCACGCUCAGGUGUAUCUGAACAACGCCUCGUCGCUCUUUGACGAGUGCUACGGUCUCGCGUCGACGCAGCAUCGCAAGAACAAGGACAUCCCGGAAGGUGGCUCGAAAGGCGUUGUGUUGCUCAACCAGGCUCACCAGGACAAGGCCGACGUUGCGUUUCGCAAGUACAUUGAUGCCGUGCUCGACCUCAUGCUGAUGACAGAGCCCGAAGAAGACAUUUUGUUCCUCGGCCCUGACGAAGGUACAGCCCAUCUCAUGGACUGGGCCAGUUCGCACGCCAAGCAGCGUGGCUACUCGUACUGGAAGGCCAUUACGACGGGCAAGUCGGCUUCACGUGGUGGCAUUCCCCACGACGUGUACGGCAUGACUACUCACAGCGUGCGCGAGUACGUGGUGGGCAUCCAGCGCAAGUUGCAGCUCCAGGCGCCCAUUACCAAGGUGCAGACUGGUGGUCCCGACGGUGACCUUGGCAGCAACGAAAUCAUGAUGAGUCCACAGGAGGACACCAUUGCCAUCGUCGAUGGCUCCGGUGUGCUCUACGAUCCAAAGGGCAUCAACCGCGAGAACCUGUUGAAGCUUGCGGAAGAGCGUAGUCCUGUCUCGGGUUUCGACACGAGCAAGUUGUCGUCGGACGGCUACCUGGUGCUCGUCUCGCACAACGACAUUACGCUCCCGAACGGUGACGUCGUGGAAAACGGCACAGAGUUCCGCAACUUCUUCCACUUGCGGCCGGACCUGACCGCCGACUUCUUCGUGCCGUGUGGUGGCCGUCCCGCUGCGGUGAACCUGAGCAAUGUCGAGCAGUUCAUGUAUUGUGAAGACGGCCGGACGCUUCGCUUCAAGUACAUUGUCGAAGGUGCCAACCUCUUCUUCACGCAAGACGCUCGCUCUCGUCUAGAGGACGCCGGCGUGAUCCUGUUCAAAGACGCGUCGGCCAACAAGGGCGGAGUGACCUCAUCGUCGCUCGAAGUGUUGGCUGCUCUGUCGAUGACGGACGAGGAGUUUGCCGAGCACAUGCAAGUUGACGAAGCUACUGGAAAGCGUCCAGCUUUCUACGCCGACUACGUGAGCGAAGUGCAGAAGCGCAUCGAGCUGAAUGCGCAGCGUGAGUUCGAGUGCAUUUGGCGUGAGCACGAGCGCACGGGCACGUACUACUCGGUGCUGACCAACCAACUGAGUGAGCGGAUCACGGACCUGAGCGCCAAGGUCCAGCACUCUGCGCUGUGGGAUAACACGACGCUGCGCGAGAAGAUCUUCGCAGACGGGUUCCCCGACAUUUUGUUGCGCCAGACACCGAAGGAGGAGCUACUGAAGCGGCUGCCCGAGAACUACACGCGUGCGUUCUUCGCGUCGCAGCUCGCGAGCCGAUUCAUCUACAGCGUCGGUCUCAGCGCCCCUGAGUUUUCGUUCUACGAGUUUAUUCAGGAGCUCGUUGGCGGCAAGUAA